UCAGUUUUCUCACUUCGUUUUGCAGUGUCAUCCUGGUAGUCACUUCUCUUUUUUCUCUUCUUCCUUUGCUUUUCGCGGGCAGAUCAAAAUAAAACCUCGCGAGAAGCGCAAACAAGACAAGAACGUCGUGUUUGCGCUUCUCGCGAGCUUUUACUUUGAAGACAGACGGUAAAACCGACACUUCCAGUUUAACCUAACGACUGAGCCAACUUCUAGACAUUCUCUGGCCUUACGUUGAGCGUCAACAUUCUGGUCCCGCAUGCGAAAUGGAGGGAAAGGAAGAAACAUCUUCGUCCUCCAGGAGAAUGCAAACCCGUUCUGGACCUCUAAAAGAUAAUGCUGGCAAGAGGGGCCAUUGUGAUACAGAGGAUGACUCUUCUGGUACUGUGCAAAUGGCCCCCACUGCCAAACUCCAGAAGCACAAACAUGACCUGGAGCUGGCUAAAAUGAAAAUAACUUGUCAGGAAGACUUGAUCAAAGAGCUAACCAAGGAGAUAGACUUUUUAAAAGACCAGCUGUCUCAGAUAUCAAGAAAUGUGAGAAACCCAUCCCCUGAAGCAUCCACAUCACAUGCUAAUUUUUCUGCAUCCUCUAAGUCAAGUUCAGAGUCUACCGACCCAUCCACAGACACUUCAGACUCAUCAGUCUCCUCAAGUUCCUCUACUUCUGAUGAUAGAGGAAGAGGAAGAAGAAGAACACAAAGAAGAAGAAGGGGAAGAAAGGAACAAGGGAGAGACGAAGCAAACGGAGCAGUAUUUUAAGAGCUCGUGGACCAGAUGAGGUAAUUGCACGUUACCGGAAGGUGUUGAAGGCCUAUAAGAAGAAGAGCAUCACUGCUGCUUGCAAAAUAGUGGGAGUAGAUCGCAACACAAUUACACUGAAUGCACCAAUUGCAGAGCUUUCCAUUGCUGCCCCUGAGAAGUUUGCUGAAUUCAAAGAAGAGCAUUCCACAAAGCAGAAGCUUGGUGAUUUUGCUGGGAAAUGUUUGGAUGGCAUCCGUGACAACCCAGAUAUUGAGCGUAAAGUGCAGGCACUUAAGAAGGCAAGGCAACUGUUGCCUGUUGGAAAGGGGGACUUUUGAAUUGUUUGAUACACAUGUGAAACAUGUUCAUGUUCAGUGAAAUUAAAAUCUACCUCAGAUUUAUGGUCAAUUUAAAUGUUCAAUCACCUGUUUUAGGUGAUUUAUGUUUUUGUACAUUUUACCUUUUCCUUGUGCAUGAUGAACCUUUAAUUUUUUCUUGAAUCGGCUUUGAAAGAUUUACCCCCACAGUGUUGCCUUAAAUGACUGACCUAUUAUGAAAGAUUAAUCAGCAGUAGCCAAAUAGGACUGUUCAUCAUUCAUCACCUUAUUUCUUUAAUUACUCCAAUGUCCAUCCAUUUUGUUGUGCAAGGCAGGUAGUUGGUGUGUUGGGGUGAAAAGAAGCAAUUUUUUUCAUUAUUAUUUUAUAUUUUUAGGAAAAUAUGCUAUAGCAAUAAAUAAAGACAUGUGGCUUCACUGUUGAAAAAA